CAUUCGCAUGACGACGACAGUUUGAUAGGGGAUUCCAAGAGCAAACUUUUAUCCGAACGAAGCAAAACUUAGAGCUUGUGUAUAAAACGAAAAAAGUUGCAGUUCGACGUGCCAGAUACAUAUAUAUAUAUAUAUAUAUCUGGAUUAGGAUGCGUAAGAUGCAAGUUCUAGUUCAGACGAGCGACGGCAAGAAGACGGUUUACGAUGUGGAUCGCUUCGGAACGGUGGCCAACCUGAAGGCACGGAUCGGGCGAGCCAUGUCCGUGCCCAUGGGCUUCAGUCGGCUGUCCUACAAGGGUCGCGAGCUGUCCAAUCAGAGCAUACUGGAGGAUGUGGGCCAUAAGUCCAUUCUGGAUCUCACCUGGAAGCCGGUCGUCCUGACGCCCAAGCAAUUGCGCGAAAAGAAGAUUGGCAAGUUUAGCAAGUUCGGCUAUGGCAGGAAAAACGAUAGUGGUGAACAUAUGUCUACAUUGAUCGGCGGUUACCAGCAACGCAUAGAUCUGGAAAGUGACGAUGAUGAACUGGAGGCACAGGACUUGACUGAACUCGAUUUGUUGUCCCUUAACUCCGAUGAUUCACUGGUCAACAACCAGACGGAGCUAGAGCCGAUUGCUCCAUUGAAUUUCUCUGGAUCUGAUUAAGAAGGCUACGAAGAACGACAAUAAGCAGUAGACUGUAUUAAAUAAUCUUCAAUUCAAAUGACUGCGCUCAUUUCAUUUCAAAGUUCCUUCCAAUGAUUUUCAAAAUACAAGCAGAACGGGUCUUAGAACAAAUGCUUUAUUUAAGUUGCAUUAUAAAAAAAAAAUUCGAGAAUACCACCCAUUUACGAAUCAUUUAAAGUAAUUUAAAGUAAUUUCGAAUUUGUUUACACUCAAGCAAAUAAUUAACGUCUCAUGGCCAAUGCCAUAAAAAUUCUUAAAAUUUAUGUAUUAUUUAUGGACUGCAUGGUAUUCCUGAAAAGCUGAACUGUAGAACGAAAGCCAUUUAACUCAAAAAAUAUUUAUAAAUAUAGUUUAAAUACAUUC